GAAGGCGAAAAUGGCUGGCAUCGAUACAUGCAUACUAGAGUGCCCCUAUUGCCAGCAAACACCACCGCCUCUCUACUACUUGUCUUUCUCUUCUCCGCCCCGUUGCCCUAAUUGCCAAAAUCAUUGGUUUAUUUCCAACUACGGCUUCCCUGCUACUUCAUCUUCUGCUUACCCAUAUGAAUCGCAGCCGCCUCAGUCACCCCCACCUCCACCUCCACCUCCACCUCCACCUCCACCUCCACCUCCAUCGCUACCACCAUCACCACCACCACCACCACCACAACAACAAUCAUUGAAACCACCACCACCACGACGAUCCCAUGCAACUCGACGACCGCGACAACCAUCCAGAACAAAAAGGGAAAUAGAUGAAGCUCUUACAGAAAAAUAUCGGAGAAGACAGGCUCAGGUGAAGCCCCGUCUAACUGAAGUCGAAAUUCCCAUAGGAGAGAAUCCAAAAUGGAGUGAUCCAUCUCUUUAUUUCAUGGGAUUACAAUUUAGUAUAGUGAUCGUGUGGACUUCUAUGAUCAUUCCCUCCAUGCUAGCCACAGUGAUGGGUGGUGACCAUGUGGAUAAAGCGGAGGCAAUCCAAAGUUCGCUGUUUACAGCAGCGAUAAACACGUUGCUGCAGAUUUUGUUCGGUUCUCAACUUCCUGUGGUGAUGCAAAUUUCACAAGCUUUCAUCUACCCUGCCAUCUCCAUUGCUAUAUCAACUACAAAUAAAUUUGGUGCCACUCUUACUCCUCGUCAGAUGUUCAAAAAAUCCAUGAGACGCAUUCAAGGAGCAAGUAUUAUUGGGUCCUUCCUUCAAAUCAUCGUUGGUAUCUCUGGUCUCGCCCAAAUCUUCGCAAGCAAGCUUAGCCUUCUCUCUUCUAUCCCUCUUGUGACUCUCACUGGACUUGAAAUGUACGACCGUGGAUUCCCACAGAUGGCGAAAUGUAUUGAAAUUGGACUCCCAGCAGUUUUUCUUGUAAUCUUUUCAACACAGUUCCUUCCAUAUCUUUGGAAACCCAAAAAUCCUAUAGUCAUUCGAUCAGUUAUGAUCACAGUCUCCAUUGGAAUUGCAUGGACCUUAGCAGAAAUUUUGACAGCGGUUGGUGCAUUUGAUAAUGCUUCUCAACAAAGACAAACGACUUGUCGUACUGAUCGUUCUGCCCUCAUUCCGGCUGCACCUUGGAUAAAGAUACCAAUUCCAUUUCAAUGGGGCUAUCCCACUUUUGAAGCUAGAGAUGCCUUUUUGAUGAUGGCUGCUUGUGUUGUCGCCACCGUUGAGAGCAUCGGUACAUUUUCCACGUCAUCAAGAUUAGGAGGCGAAUAUCGUGCAAACCCCCCCAAACUCAAUCGUCCAAUUGCCACAAAGCCUAUUAAACAAUAUGGGAGUGCACUGCCUAUUUCACCUGAUCUACUCCGUCAUGCUAUUGGGUUUCAGGGAAUUGGAACUUUAUUUGAUGCAGUCUUUGGAAUGGGACUUGGCUCCACUGCUUCUGCUGAACAUUCAGGGUUAGUGGGGUUGACAAGAGUAGGCAGCCUAAGGAUCAAUUUUGUAUCAGCAAUUUUUAUGCUUCUCUUUUCCUCACUAGGAAAACUGACUGCAAUUCUAGCUUCUGUACCUUUGCCAAUUCUGGCGUCUCUGCAUAUUGUCUUCUUCCCUUAUGUGGUUUCAACUGGGCUUGAAGAUUUGUAUUAUUGCGAGUUGGAUAAGUUCAGGUCGAAGUUCAUUCUAGGGAUCUCACUGUUUAUGGGUCUCUCAAUGAAUAAAUACUUCAGUAAUUAUGAUUUAUUUUCUGGUGAAGGUCUUCCUCAUUCAAGAGCCUCCUGGUUCAAAGACAUAAUGCAAGUGAUAUUCUCAUCUGCAUCAACCACUGCAACUAUAUUUGCUUUCCUUUUUGAUCUUGUAACUCCCAAACCCCCCAUAAAAGUGCUGAAGAAAGAAGAGUCAAAGGAGGAGGAGAAGAAAGAGGAGCCAAAGAAGGAAGAGGAGAAAGAGAAGAAGAAGAAGAAGAAGGAGGAGGAGGAGGCGCAGGGGUUGAGGCCGCUGAAAGAGGAUUGGAAAAUUUACACAGAAUCAUCCCGUUCAAGCGGUUCAACCCUAGGGAGUCGUCCUCGGAGACCAUAAUUCUACUAGAAAGAAGUACAUGACAAGUUUAUAUGGACGCUCUACAGGUGCUUUGGCAAUAAAGAAAAACACUUAUCUAGAUCAGCUUCGUCAUGAAUUCACUACACAAAUAAGCGAGUCAAUGUAUUUUUUUUUUGAAUAAUAUUAAAAUGCUUUUAUAAUUUGAUUUUAUCAA